GGGAAAAUGGCGGCGACCGGCGCAGAGGGUGAUGAUUGAGAAUUGGGGAGGGGAGAAACCGAUACUGAUAUCGGGGGUAAUGAGGGCACAAAAUCGCCGAUACCCGAUUCUUGCGGUAUGUUUAUUGCAAAUAGUCUCUGCUAACAAUUAGUUUGGUAUCGGUUAGGAAAAUAAAACAUACAAAUAUACAGAUCUUCCCUGGCAACAUAUUCGGCUUGGAUGCAUACGGAUUUUAAUGUUUUUUUAAAUGUUCACUCAGUUUCUGAAUCCAGGAGUUUAGCAGAAAUUACUUUUUAUAUUACAUCUUUGAUUUUUAUUUUCACCAGAGAUGACUUUUUAACACAAAUCAAUAGAAACAGAACAGCUGGGAUAAUAUAUUUUUAUUUAUUGAUCCAGAAGGAGAGAGCGGAUUUUUAAAGUAUUACCGUUUUUUUAGUUUUUUGGGGGCGUGUGUUCUGCAUUAGAAAAUGGAUUGAAGAAACCCUACUAGUCGUACCUGCGCACUCAGCCAGCUUGCAGACAAACAUGUUUAGUGUGCUGUCCUCAGCCCCUUCCGGCUACCUUUCUAUACCAUGCUCCGGCUACUCUGCUGGCUUGGUCCACUAACGCGCGGGACAGCCAGCUUUCGCUUCGCAGAGGGACUGCACAGCCGGCCAGGCAGCAGCACCAACGCAUUCCCUCUGGUUGCGACCACCGGCUUCCUCGCCCGUCCCGCAAUGAUGUAUGCCACUCGCUUCUACAGCAGCGGUGGGGGUAAGCCAGGCAGGAGGGCUGGCAUCGGGGGAGGAGGGCUUCCAGUGCUGGACAACCACCACCUCCCUCAGUCUCACCCUCACCCGCAAAACUACCAGCCCCAUGUCAACCAGGGGAGGCCAGACGUGCACCGCAGCCACUACCACCACCACCACAGCAAGAAGAAGACCUGGAAUUUUAUCCACGAGAAGAUGAGCUAUGACACCUUCUUCACCAUGAAGCGCCUGAUAGACCGGUCACGUACUGUGGAUGAAGUGCUGCGCUGGGUCACCCAAAACCCGGGAAAGAUCUCCUACAACCACUACCCCAUCGCCCUGCAGAAGAUUGGGCAGCUUCUACAGCAGCAGGGGGGAGGGGUGGGAGGCCUAGCAAUGGGGGCUGCUGUGGGGGAGAGCCACUAUCGGCAGAUCUCAGAGCAGCAUGACUUCCAGACGCUGUGUGACGCUAUUGUCAGUGACUGCGCCAAGUUUGACAACUUCAGCAUCGUCAACUGCCUCUACGCUGUAGCAGCUCUGGGUCUGCCCAGUGACUCCCAGAUUGUGCAGGUGCUGGAGGAGGAGUCUCGCAGUCGCCUCUCCCACUUCAACCAGAAAGACAUCUCCAUGGUGUUCAGCAGCAGCAUGAAGCUGCACCCGUCCAGCCAGCACCCGCUGAUCGAGUCUUGCCUGUCGGGGCUAGAGAAGAACAUCGAGCGGGAGCGCCACCCCCAGACGCUCUUCCUGCUGCUCUCCUAUUACCGCCUGAAGUGGCGGGCCCUGCAGGCUGACGGAUACACGCCAGAGCAGCUCCUGGCCAACCGCAAGAUCCUGCGCUUGGUCAAGCACACGCUGGUCAGCGUCAGCAAUGUGCGUGACCACGAGAUGACGUUGCUCGACGAGAUGCUGUCUGCAUGCGCCCGUGAGGCCAGCAACAAGUCAUUGGAGAUCAUCUUCAGCUCCCAGCUCUUCUACGAGAACCGCCAAGAGAAGUUCAUCAGCAGCCUCGGAGAGGAGCUUCCUAAGAAGGUAGACAGCAUCACUCCUUAUACGAUGGCUCUGAUUGCAAAAUACAUUGCCAGACAUCGACUGCGGGAAACCAAACUGCUGGACACCAUUGCAGAGUUUCUGGUCAAAAAGGGGGAAUAUCUCGACAGCAAGUUGAUCCAGAAGCUGGUGUUCCCGUUCAGCAGGAUGAGUUACCGACCUUCCAACGAGACGCAGUUCUUCGAGAAGCUGGAGUCGGUGCUGGAGGAGAAAGCCAUGAACUCCCCACUCGCCACUGUCAACAUAAUCAUGUCUUUGUUCCAGCUGGGCCACUUCCCCAGACUCAUCCUGCACUGCGUCUUCUCCAGCACCUUCAUCAGCAACGUCACCAACAGCCCAUACGGUCUCAUUGUGCGCCGUUAUCUGUCUCUGCUGGACACUGCAGUUGAGUUGGAGUACAGGGACUACACAGGGCCGAGGCUCGAGGAGGUGCACAAGGUGCUCAUGUUUGACCAUGCACUGACUGCAGAUGAGGUCAACCGCAAGUACAGCUAUAAGGGUCUAGUUGCAGAGGCUCUGAGACAGCUGGUUGGGGAGCAGUCUUACAAACAGGACGAGGUGUUGGCUCCUGGAUAUUACACAGAUUUCCUGCUGUGGACCAACAGCUCUGGUAGUGUGCUACAGAUCAAAGGGAACAGUGGAGUCGUCUCAGGAGCCACACCGACAGGCCUUUCACUGGUGUCGCGGCCCCCCAAUGCGCCGGAUCCCCAAUCUGCAGUGUCUGUCCUGACCUCAGACUUCCACAAAUUCUCCCCCUUUUCCUCCCCCCUGGAGGAUGGGCUUGAGAAGUGUGGUGGGGAGGACCUGGUUCCUGAGGUAGCCUUCCUCUCACACCACAUGCGCCCCCAUCCUCCAGGGGGCACCUUGGGGCAGCGGGGAGGAGCAGAAUACAGCCCCUACUACCAACUGCCCUCUGAUUACUACAGCAGCCUGACCAAGGAGCAGUCUCUGGAGAGCCAGGACAGCUCCACCCUCAGCAGCCCCACGGACUGCCUGGCACAGGCUGGAGGGCUGGCAGAGUGCUCCCCGUGCCUCUCCUCCACCACCCUCUUCCAGUUCCCCAUUGGGAAGAUCCUGGAAGAGGAGGUGGCAGCUGGACAGGAGCGAGAGUUGCCCAGCUUCUACGAGAGCGUGUCAUACCCCGAUGGAGGGGAAGGAGCUUCAGGAGAGAAGGGGGGCAUGGAGAUACUGAGCCCGACCUCCCCUCUGCAGCUCCACAGCCCAGGGGGAAGGCAAGCAGACAAGGAGCACAGGCCUGUGGAGCAGUGGGACGAGGUCAGGAGGGUGGUGAUGUCGGUGAAUGAUAAGUGGCACUACUGCCACAAUUCUGAUGUGCUGGUGGGCUCUCGAGCCAUGCGGGACAGACACCUUCAACUGCUGGGCUACGUCCUUCUCCAGUUGCCUUAUCAUGAGCUGGAGAAGCUGAAUGGGAUUGAGGAGGUAAAGCAGUACUUGCACAAAAAACUCCUGGAGAUGCCCUUAUGACACACAGAGGGCUGAGCGUAGCAAGAGAGUCCAGCUGCUCACCUCCGUACAACUGCUACUACUACUGCUAAAAAUGAUCUGACAGACUGCUAGGCACAGGGAACCAAGGGGUGUCAGAUAUCUGAGCAUGGGGGAGGGGGAAGGCAGUUUUUUUUUUUUUUUUUUUUUUUUUUUUUUUUUUUUUUUUCCCCCCUGAAGAUGUCUGUGUGCUUGUGUGGUGGGGGGAGGAGUGGCAAGGUCAGGGAUAUUGGUGUAGCGCACUACUUUUUUUUUUUUUUAUAUUCUGGACCCAUUGCAGUUGCACUGAACGACGGUUUCUACUGCAAACCCUUUUUGGACAGGGGUCUUUUAGAACUAGCAUUGGCAGAGUGAUUUAACUUGAUUUAAAAGGUAAUGACUGUUAAACUGGCAUCUCAAUAAUCAGAAAUAACUAUGUGGGAGACGGUUGGGGUGUAAUGGUGGACUUCACAUUAUUUUAUAACUUGGUGUGACUGCAUGGAAAACAGUGGGGUCGUGAACAUGCAGGAUCAUUUCAUAUUGUAGUAAUAAUAAUUUAUGACCUGAAGAGAACCAACAGUCAGUGAUGUACCCAGCAGGGGAUAAUGGGAUUGUAUUAAGCUUUAACAAAAAUGUUGUUUUCUCUUUUUUUUUUUCCUUCCCCCUUUCAAAUUUAUUAUUGAAAUCUUAUUUUUCUUACUGCCAACUUUUUAUUCCAUAAACCACGUUCACGAUGAUGCUUGCUGUGUGCGUUAGCUUUGCACUGUAGAUGGAGUUUCCUAUUUUAGUUACUUGUGGAGGAGGAAAUAAUUUAAUAUAGCUAUAACCGACGUUUGGGGGGAGGUCUGUAAGGAGGUUGGGUGGGUAGAGAUGCUUGCUUUAUAUAAUACAUAAAAAAAAAUUAUAUAUAUAAAUAAAAUUGUUUGAAGGAGCAGUUAGUACCCCAGACCGAACUCGAACUGUUUAGCAUGUAAUUAAUUGCAUGGUGAAGUGCUAGUCCCAGUCAGGGUGUGGAGGUACGUGUUCCAAAUAAAUCACAGUUUUACAUUUGCAA